GCUAAAGGAAGACAGUCCAGUUUUAGGCAUGGAGAUGCCAGCCUCAUAUGGUCGACCCAAGACGGGCCACUUCCUACCCGCUAUCUCCACCAUGGGGUUGAGCUACCGAAACACUCAACCUGCCAGCCACAGCGCCAACCAGUGGAGAACCAACAGCUACUACAAGAACGAAGGCACCGUCCCUACUUUACAGCGAAGCAUCCCAGAUCUGAUCCGCACAGAUACCAUGUUCUACCCAUCCAACCGGAGCACGAUGAGCACUCGUUACACACCGGAUGACUGGUUCAAGUCCAACCAGGGCAACUACCGCCAGUCGGAGGCAUCUCGCAACAGUGCAGAGCGGCUCCGGCGUGACACAAUGCGUCUGAUCCAGGACAAGGAGCAGCUGACGCGCCGCAUGCAAGAGAACACCAGCAAGGACAUCGGCGAGCGCCUCAACGAUAUUGCCUUCUGGCGCUCGGAACUGAACCACGAGGUGGACAACGUGGCGGGAGAGACAGCGGCACUGGCCGAGGUCAAGCGACGGCUGGAGAGGGCCUUGGCUGAGACCGAGCGGCCCCUUCAGGUGUCCCAGGAAUGUCUGUACCACCGCGAAAAGCGCAUGGCUAUCGACCUGGUCCACGACGACGUUGAGAAAGACCUCAUCAAGGAAGUUGAGGUAAUAAAGUCCUGUCAGACUAGGAUGAGGCAACAUCUGGAGAGAGCCACAGCCCAGCUAGCGUUAAACCGCGAGGCGCAGCACGAACUGGAACGAGACCUGAGCAACAAAGUGAUGGCCCAAAGGAUAGACGACCGCUGCCAUAACCUAAGGAACACUUCGGAUGGCAUCGGCUUUUUCCGCGGAAUCGAACGCCUUGACCCCUCGGUCUCACUGCCGGAGUCGUGGUCCAAGUUCACCGACAACAACGUUCUGCGCUCGCAGAGCCAGCGUGCCGCCUCGCGCAAACUUCGCGACGAGAUCGAAGUGCUGCUCAGCGCCACCUCCGGCGAAAUGUGGAGUCAGUUCAACAAUGUCAACGUGUCCUUCACCGGUCGCGUGGCACAGACGGCCGACGCUCGCAACAGCCUUCAGGCCCAUCUCGCCAAGACCAUGCAGGAGAUCUACCAGACGGAGAUGGUGAUAGAGUCCCUGAAAAAGGCUCUGCGGGACAAAGAGAGUCCAUUGAAAGUGGCUCAGACCAGGCUGGAAGAGCGCACCCGCCGGCCCAACGUGGAGCUCUGCAGGGACAACCCGUACCACAGGUUGGUGGAGGAGGUUCGAGAGAUUGAGGACACCAUCCGCAAGCUGCAGGAGAGGCUGCUCGAAGCCGAGGGCAGCCUCCAGUCUCUGCUGAGGACCAAAGUCACGUUGGAGCACGACCUCUCUAUCAAGGCCAACUCACUCUUCCUGGACCAGGAGAAGUGCAUGAGCAUACGCAAGACCUUCCCCAGCGUACCGCGACUCACAGGAUACACUUGA